UGGUGAUCACGUGACAGACGCUCUCCCCAGAGAGCACUUCCGGUAACGUUUCCUGUGUUUGUAAACUGAAAAGAUUGUCCGACAAGAAAAUAUUGGGCUACUGUAAACGAAGACGAGUAAGGCUUGGGCCCCUGAUGGUUGGGGCUUGUGUGGUCUCUAAACACUCUCCCUGCCCCGAGCGAAGCUCUCUGUACCCCAACACACACACACACACUCUCACCACUGCGAUGUCACACCUUUCCAACAGCUCAGUGCGAGAUCACAUGAAAUGGGCUGGGUUGCUCGGCUGUGAAGCGGUGCUGUCCAGUAUGGCACUCAUGCAGGCCGGCUCCAUGCCCAGGCAUAAGAAGAUGGGCUCUCAUCUGGGCCAGGGACAGAGAGAAAACAAUCACAGCCACAAUCACAACCAGGACACCCACAGCCAGCACGGCCACAUGGUGCUUCCCUCAGGAGUCAGCUGCCCACCACUGCUCAUCCGCAAGGACGGAGAGUUUCACUCUUCCAGGCUCUUGGAUGAAAAAGACAUGCGAGCCAGCCAGAACGUGCAGCCAAAGAAGAAGAACAGGAAGUCUGGACUUCCCACCAAAAUGAGAGAAAAACCCCAGGUGGAGAUUCCUGACGUUAAUGACGAUAACUCACUCAGCUCUCAAGUGCAGAAGAAUUUCAUAUGUGAGCACUGCUACAGUGCUUUCCGCAGUAGCUACCACCUCAAACGGCACAUUCUCACCCAUACGGGGGAAAAGCCAUUCGGGUGUGAUAUGUGUGACAUGAGGUUUAUUCAGCGCUACCACCUGGAAAGACAUAAGCGUGUUCACAGCGGUGAGAAGCCUUAUCAGUGUGACCGCUGCCAACAGAACUUUUCCAGAACUGACCGGUUACUACGGCAUCGACGUUUGUGUGCCGUGGGCAUCCCUAAAGAGGAGAACCAGCCGUGCUGUGAGGGACGGUCAUAUUCUCAGGACCCCUCCCAGCACUCGGCGUCCUGGAGCCCACUGCAGACAAACAACAGCAGGCUGGCGGCGUGACAGCCUUCCAAUCGCGUACAAAACACAAUGGACUCGCCAACAUGACCUGACCGGGGGUCUGAGCCUGUAAAAGCUGUUUAAAGACUCCAACACGUCCAGCUCUGAUUCACUCGGCUCAACCCCAGUGGACUCUUUUAUACUGCUUAGACUCUGGGAAAUAGCGCAUUUUGUAUUUUAGACGGUACUGUGAUCAGCAGGUGGGUUAGUUGUGCAUUCAGUCCAGGCAAUAAUGACUUCUGGUAGUUUAGAAACGCUUCCUUUUGUAGUUCCCAUGCAGGACUGUAGAUUGUUGGGAUUCUCAGUGUUACAAUGCGCUUUCAUUUACUGUUGUUCUGGGAAAUAUUGCGAGCAAAAUCCAGUAAUUUCAAUAGGAAUCUGCACAAUUGGGAGUUUCGCAUGAGGCUGAAAAAGUUCCCCAUGCAGAUUUAGCUUCUUUUUAAGUUGGUCACACAAAUUCACAGCUUAGACCAACAGAAAGCUACUUGGUUUUAAAGUGACUUGUGCUACAUGCAUCACUACACUAUUGACAAAAGACAAUGGGCCUUUUUCUCACAAAAUUUCACUGAAUUUACAGAAUUACAAACAAGUCAGCCGUAGUGACAGUAGACACAUUCUGAUACAAUACAUUUUCUCAGUGUGCACAUUAAUGCAUCAUUUCCUAUUACGUGAAAAGUGUUUUAAAACCCAUUAAAGAAAUAGUUCACUGAAGAAUGAAAAUUUGCUGAAAAUUUACUUAC